GCCGCCUGUCAUGGCCGCCCCCGCGCUGCGGCCCUGAGUGCCCCGAGCUCCCGGAGCCGCCGAGGCCGCGCCCGCGCCGCUGCCGCCGCCAUGGGCACCGUGCACGCCCGGAGUUUGGAGCCUCUUCCAAUGGCUGGGCCAGACUUUGGUGCCUUGGGAGAGGAAGCUGAAUUGGUUGAAGUUGAACCUGAGAGCAAACAGGAUAUUCUUGAAAACAAAGAUGUGGUGGUUCAGCAUGUGCACUUUGAUGGACUUGGAAGGACCAAAGAUGACAUCAUUAUGUAUGAAAUCUCUGAUGUUUUCAAGGCAAAAAAUCUCAUUGAUGUGAUGAGAAAAUCACAUGAAGCUCGUCAGAAGUUGCUUCGUCUCGGAAUCUUUAGACAGGUGGAUGUUCUGAUUGAUACCUGCCAAGGAGAUGAUGCCCUUCCAAAUGGUUUAGAUGUGACCUUUGAGGUAACAGAAUUGAGAAGGUUAACUGGGAGCUAUAACACCAUGGUUGGCAACAAUGAAGGCAGCAUGGUGCUUGGGCUCAAGUUCCCAAAUCUCCUUGGACGUGCAGAAAAGGUUACCUUCCAGUUCUCCUAUGGAACAAAGGAAACUUCAUAUGGCCUGUCCUUCUUCAAGCCACGGCCUGGAAACUUUGAAAGAAAUUUUUCAGUUAAUGUAUACAAAGUAACUGGACAGUUCCCGUGGAGCUCUCUUCGAGAAACAGACAGAGGAAUAUCAGCAGAAUUUAAUUUUCCCAUCUGGAAGACCAAUCACACACUGAAGUGGGAAGGUGUGUGGAGAGAGCUUGGCUGCCUUGCUAGGACAGCAUCCUUUUCUGUUCGAGAGGAAAGUGGACAUUCUCUAAAAUCAUCUCUCUCUCAUGCCAUGGUAAUUGAUUCCCGGAACUCCUCAAUCUUGCCAAAACGAGGUGCUUUGCUGAAAAUUAAUCAGGAGUUGGCUGGCUAUGCAGGUGGAGAUGUGAGCUUUCUGAAAGAGGAUUUUGAAUUUCAGUUGAAUAAGCAACUUCUCUGGGAUUCGGUUGUAUCAGCAUCAUUCUGGGGUGGAAUGCUGGUACCUAUUGGAGACAAGCCAUCCAGUAUAGCUGACAGGUUUUACCUUGGUGGACCAACAAGUGUGCGUGGAUUCAGUAUGUACAGCAUUGGACCCCAGAGUGAAGGUGAUUAUUUGGGAGGAGAAGCCUACUGGGCUGGAGGGGUGCAUCUCUACACCCCUCUCCCUUUCCAUCCGGGCCGUGGAGGGUUUGGAGACCUUUUUCGAACACAUUUCUUCCUUAAUGCUGGAAAUCUCUGCAAUCUCAACUAUGGUGACGGUCCCAGGGCGCACCUGCAGAGACUGGCAGAGUGCAUCCGCUGGUCCUACGGUGCGGGAAUAGUGCUGCGCCUGGGAAACAUCGCCAGGCUUGAGCUCAACUACUGCUUCCCCAUGGGAGUACAGGCUGGAGACAGGAUAUGUGAUGGUGUUCAGUUUGGAGCAGGAAUAAGAUUUCUAUAAUACAGAAAUAUUUUUCAUCACGGAAUGAAAUUGUGCUUUGGAGAUGAAAUCAAGACUAUAACAUAAAUCAAAAUGGUCCUUUUUCCUUGAAAUGCAGAUACACAGCUGAGUGAUUAACAUUUUGGACUCCACAAGAAAUUACAUUAAAUAAUUAUGCUCUAAA